AAAAAGUGAGAGAGAAAGAGAGAAGGAAAUCCCAGAAAAGGAGAGAGAUCACAGAGAGAGAGAGUACCAGGAAAGUGUGGAAAUUUCAUAGCUGUUUGAGACCGAAAGCAUGUAUCUUUGAACGGACGAUGAAGAAGUGAGACACUUGUUUUAAUCUGCUCAUGAAGAUUUCGCUUUGAAUCGGUGAGAUUCAUGCUAAUCCGGAUUCCAGAUCGCCCGUUCCUGCAUUGAUUCGCGAUUUAUUCGUAGUUUUUCUUUAUUCGUCAAUUUCCAAAUAGAGAGAAGUGCGUGUAUAUUUACCAAAUUGCCAAUGAACGGCGGCGGGGAAGGGGCAUCGGCUUCGGCGGCGGCGCCGCUGGAGUGGAAAUUCUCCCAGGUGUUCGGAGAGCGUACGGCGGGCGAGGAAGUUCAGGAAGUUGACAUCAUCUCUGCUAUUGAAUUUGAUCGAGCUGGGGACCACCUGGCUACUGGAGAUCGUGGAGGUCGGGUCGUUUUAUUUGAAAGAACAGAUACUAAAGAUCAUGUUGGGGAUCGGAGAGAUCUGGAGAGGAUGGAUUAUUCAAUGAGUAGGCAUCCUGAGUUUCGUUAUAAAACUGAGUUCCAAAGUCAUGAACCUGAGUUUGACUAUCUUAAGAGCUUGGAGAUUGAGGAGAAAAUUAACAAGAUUAGAUGGUGCCAGACAGCUAACGGAGCCCUAUUUCUUCUUUCAACCAAUGAUAAAACCAUCAAGUAUUGGAAGAUCCAGGAGAAAAAGGUUAAGAAAGUAUGUGAAAUGAAUGUGGAUCCGGCAAAGGCUAUGGGAAAUGGUCCUGUUGUUGGCUGUGUAUCAACAAGCUCCAAACCGUAUCUUGCAAAUGGUGGGUGCAAAGAAAGAAGCAUCAGUUACCCGACCAAUGAUACUUCAUUUCCACCUGAGGGUUACCCAUCCCUAAAAUUACCCACGGUAGUGACGCAUGAGACGAGUCUUGUGGCUAGAUGUCGAAGAGUAUAUGCCCAUGCUCACGACUAUCAUAUCAAUUCCAUUUCAAAUAACAGCGACGGUGAAACUUUUAUAUCAGCUGAUGACCUCCGAAUUAAUCUUUGGAACUUAGAAAUUAGCAAUCAGAGUUUUAAUAUCCUUGAUGUGAAGCCUGCAAACAUGGAGGAUCUAACUGAGGUGAUAACUUCAGCGGAAUUUCACCCUAGUCAUUGUAAUAUGUUGGCAUAUAGUAGCUCAAAGGGCUCAAUCCGACUAAUUGAUAUGCGGCAGUCAGCUUUAUGUGAUACUCAUAGCAAAUUAUUUGAGGAACAGGAAGCACCUGGUUCUAAAUCAUUUUUCACUGAGAUCAUAGCCUCAAUUUCAGACAUUAAGUUUGCUAAGGAUGGGAGGCAUAUACUUAGCCGUGACUACAUGACUCUCAAGCUUUGGGACAUCAAUAUGGAUUCUGGUCCGGUUGCAACUUUCCAGGUUCACGAAUACUUAAGACCAAGGCUGUGUGAUUUAUAUGAAAAUGAUUCUAUCUUCGAUAAAUUUGAGUGCUGUUUGAGUGGAGAUGGACUUCGAGUGGCGACAGGUUCCUACAGCAAUCUGUUCCGUGUGUUUGGUCGUUCUGAAGGUAGCACAGAGUCGACCACAUUAGAAGCCAGCAAAAAUCCUAUGAGGAGACAAGUUCAAAACCCAUCAAGGUCUAGAUCUCUGGGCACCCUUCCCCGUGUUCUAAGGCGAGGUGCGGAUACCUCUGGAGCUGACGCGAACGGAAAUGCUUUCGAUUUCACGACAAAGUUGCUACAUCUUGCAUGGCAUCCGACUGAGAACUCACUUGCAUGUGCUGCUUCAAAUAGCCUUUACAUGUAUUAUGCAUAGAGACGGUUUCUGGGACGUCGCACUUUUUUGGUGGUGGGGAGGAGAGCUUUUGGAACAGGCGGGUUACCUUCUGCCCUUAUAGUGAUGUGGCAGCUGCCAAUUAUACCAGAAACCCUGCAAUCCCUUAA